AUUUCCAUAGUCGUCGGUUGGCACAUGAAGCUGCCAGGCAGGCAAUCGCGAAAGCACUCACUCACAAACUGCAUCCGGCGACCCGCGAGCUGCCUGCGCGCCAAACGAGAGCACACAGAGAGCGAGUGUGCGCAACCGACGAGGCUUCGAGCACAUACCCCUUUCAGCGCCAAUUGAGUGCCAAGGGCCCCUGCGACCAUGGGUUCGAGCUCAUCCAAGCCGUCUUCGACGAGCUCUAGCCCGCUGGUUUGGAAAGCAUCCUCUGAUCUUGUCGAGGCCCUCGAAGCGAGUCCUGAGACCAACGUAUCCCGCAAGCAGGGCGUCGAGCUCGAGAUCCAGGCGCGCGUGGCGGCCGAGCUGAAGAGGCUACAGAAGGCCGAGGCGGCGGCGCUCAAGGACGUGCAGGAGAAGCUGUCGGUUGCCGGGCAGCAGGUCGGGACAGAGGACCAGAGCGGGCCCAGCCGGCACGCCGUGUCCAAGGAGGUGGCGGCGCUGCACGCAAAGCUCGUCGAGCGCAGGAAGGUGCGGGACCUGCCAGAGAGCGUCGAGGCGGCGCGCGGCGAGGUCGUGCGCUGCCUGCGCGAGAACGACCGCCGGCCGCUCGACUGCUGGCGCGAGGUCGAGCAGUUCAAGGAGGAGGUGCGGAGGCUCGAAAAGGGAUGGGUCGAUAAGGUCGUGAGCUGAGGAGGUCUGUCAGAGGGCGACAGAACAACGCAGGCAAAAGGGGGAGGGAUGCGCGGCGUAACGGGGACGAGACUUGUGUAUGUACGACGACUUUGGCUUGCGGCUUUGACGUAUUCCGUAGGCCAAGGUCUUUGCUACUGUUACAAAGAAACUACUGUGUAUAUCAUCGAUGGGAGGCUUGCUUGAGGCCCUGGCAUAGACAAACGGGGAGGGAAACUUUCGGCAUUCAUCAUCACGGAACGAGCGAGCGUCAGAGAGAAAUGAAGAAAGGGCGGAAUCAACAUUGCACGAUUUUGUGAUAGAUGCUCCUUAUCUACUACGCAAAUGUUAGAGAAGAUCACGUUCUUGUAAG